GGGAGAGCUUUUCUUACGCCAUUGUUGGGUCGACUUGGGGAGUAUAUCGAGGACCCUUUUGGGGGUUGGUGUCUUGCGUUAUCUGUAACUGUUCCUCGCACCACCAUUUUUUAAAAAUUUUGUUUCUUUUAAUUUUAUAAUGUUUAUUUUUUAUUUCUUACUUUAUUGAUUAAUUAAAUAAAUAAUUAAUUAAUUAUAUAAGUUCUUUUGGUCUGUCUGAUGUUGUGUAGCUCUUCGUGUUCUUCAAUCUAAAACUGCUUGGGUCAAACCCAGAGCCACUUCUCUUGAUUCUCUGCCAGUACUCAACUCUUCUCUGCUUGUUGUGCCCAGGCAGUUCAUUCCUUUAUGGAGCGUAUAUAUUUUUUAUGCAUUGUGUGAUUUUUCUUUCUUGGAGUCGUUUCUGCAUUACAUGUUUUUUGACAGAUUUUACAUGCUUCAGCCUUCAAUCACUGAAAUGGUAGUUUUGGGGGAGUUAAAAGUGGGGUUUUGUGCUUGUUUGGAUAUUUUGACUGUUACCUAGAUGGGGUUAGGGUUUUACAGCUGCAGAUAAAUAGAUAGAUAGAUACCUUUCCUCACAAUGGUGCUUUCCCCUGUGGGGUGUUUUGCGGAGAACCUCUGAGAGUACAGAGAAUCUCCCACACUCCUCUUUCUUGGCUUUUUCUUGCUGCAUUUGGUGUGGAAUGUAGAGCAGUGAAAUGGGUUCUCUUUGGUUUUGAAGGGAGAUUUAGUUUUUGGGCUGAUUGAUCCUGAAAUGGACGCUGUUCAUAUCUUGGGUUUGAGAUCUGGGUUGUAAAGAUUUCUGUGUAUAUUGGGAGAUUUUGAUGUUUUUGGCUCUUGGGUCGUGAGUAGUUUUCUAAUUUUUCUUGUGUGAGAAUCCAAGGUGUCAUAGAGAAAAUGACUCCAAGAUUGAACUUCUCUUUUGGGUGGGCAAAGGAAAAUCAAAAGGGGACACCAGUAGUAGUGACAAUGGAGAACCCUAAUUACUCUGUUGUGGAAAUUGAUGGCCCAGAUGCAGCAUUCCAGCCAGUCGAAAGGAGCCGGGGUAAGAAUGCCAGGCAAGUGACAUGGGUCUUGCUUCUCAAAGCUCAUCGUGCAGCUGGUUGUGUUGCUUGGCUUGCUUCAGUUCUCUGGACAUUGCUUGGAGCCAUUAAGAAGAGGUUGAUCUUCAGGCAAGGAGUGGCUAUGGAGAGUGAGAAGACAGACAAGGGAAAAUAUUUGCUCAGGAUCAUUAGACUUUUCUUAGUCGUUUCCUUGACAAUUCUGGCUUUUGAGGUGGUUGCUUAUUUGAAAGGUUGGCAUUACUUUCAAAAUCCUAAUUUGCACAUCCCAAGAACUUCUGCAGAUUUCCAAGGCUUGCUCCACAUGGUCUAUGUCACUUGGCUGGCAUUUCGAACUGAUUACAUUGCACCCCAAAUUCAAGCUCUCUCUAAUUUCUGCGUUAUCCUCUUCCUAAUCCAAUCUGUAGAUCGAAUGAUACUUUGCAUUGGUUGCCUAUGGAUCAAAUACAAGAAGAUUAAACCGAGAAUCGAUGGGGAUCCAUUCAAGUUGGAUGAUGCUGAGGGAUCAGUCUAUGAGUACCCCAUGGUGCUUGUUCAAAUCCCAAUGUGUAAUGAGAGAGAGGUAUAUGAGCAAUCUAUAUCUGCAGUUUGUCAAAUCAAUUGGCCUAAAGACCGCUUAUUGAUACAAGUUCUUGAUGAUUCUGACGAUGAGAGCAUUCAGUCGUUGAUUAAGGUUGAGGUCUCUAAGUGGAGCCAACGUGGUAUCAACAUAAUAUAUCGACAUCGUUUGCUUAGAACUGGUUACAAAGCUGGCAAUCUCAAGUCUGCAAUGAAUUGUGAUUACGUGAAGAGCUAUGAAUUUGUUGCAAUUUUUGAUGCUGAUUUCCAACCAAACCCAGAUUUCCUCAAGCAGACAGUUCCCCAUUUCAAGGACAACCCUGAAUUGGGUUUGGUUCAGGCUAGAUGGGCUUUUGUGAACAAGGAUGAGAAUUUGUUGACUCGACUCCAAAAUAUUAACUUGUGUUUCCAUUUCGAAGUUGAACAGCAGGUCAAUGGGGUGUUUUUAAAUUUCUUUGGUUUUAAUGGAACUGCUGGUGUUUGGAGGAUCAAAGCACUGGAGGAGUCUGGUGGAUGGCUCGAAAGGACUACUGUAGAGGAUAUGGACAUAGCUGUUCGUGCCCAUCUUCAUGGUUGGAAAUUCAUAUUCCUUAAUGACGUUAAGGUCCUAUGUGAAGUUCCUGAGUCAUAUGAAGCUUACAAGAAGCAGCAACAUCGGUGGCAUUCUGGUCCAAUGCAGCUUUUUGGACUAUGUCUUCCAGCCAUCAUAAAAUCUAAGAUAUCAAUAUGGAAGAAAGCAAACUUGAUACUGUUGUUCUUUCUCUUGAGGAAACUUAUACUUCCUUUCUAUUCUUUCACAUUAUUUUGUGUGAUCCUUCCUUUGACCAUGUUUGUACCUGAGGCUGAACUUCCUCUUUGGGUCAUCUGUUAUGUGCCCGUUUUUAUGUCAUUCCUCAACAUUCUCCCAGCUCCAAAGUCCUUCCCUUUCAUUGCUCCUUACCUCCUAUUUGAAAACACCAUGUCCGUGACCAAAUUCACUGCAAUGAUAUCUGGAUUGUUUCAAUUGGGUAGCUCUUAUGAAUGGAUUGUCACCAAGAAAGCAGGCAGGUCAUCAGAGUCUGACUUGCUGGCUGCUGCAGAGAGGGAGUCAAAGACAAUGAAUCAACCACUGAUUAACAGAGGAGCUUCUGAGAGUGGUCUGGCUGAGCUGAAUCAAUUGAAUGAACACAGAGAAACAGUUGCUGUACCAGUUAAGAAAAUCAACAGGAUAUAUAGGAAGGAGCUUGCGCUAGCUUUCCUCCUCCUUACAGCUUCUGUUAGAAGCCUGUUAUCAGCACAAGGAGUCCACUUCUAUUUCCUGCUCUUCCAAGGGGUGGCCUUCCUUCUUGUGGGUCUUGAUCUAAUUGGAGAGCAGAUGAGUUAAUAAUGUAUAGAAGCUGGAAAAAAGAAAUGCAGAAUAUUCGCAUCUGCAUAAAGUUGGCCUAUUUGCAUUAUAGCAGGCAAAUUCAUGUUGGCGUUGCAAUUGAGGCGAUUCAGUCCUUUUUUGCCUUACCAAUGCAAUGAAGGGGGUACCCAUCAAUUCAAUUUAAUAAAACUUUCUAAAAUUCCAAUUGAAGUACUCCAUUCCAUUAUGUCUCUAUUUAUCAAUCACUCUCUGCACGAACACUUUUCCCCUCUUCAUAGGAUAUUUGGUCACUGUAGCCUUCCCCGAGUCUUGAAUUGUUAUUGUUUGUUAUAGAUAGGGCAAAUUCUUCGUUUCUUCAUUUUAUUUUAUUUUUUUAUAUUUGUUUCUUGUACGUUUGCUCGAGUGUGAUCUGGCAUUUCAGUCCAACUCAUAUUGUACCUGGGGAAACCAGAAGAUUUGAGUGUGGUCUAAGGGCGAGAGCUUCCUUCCUGGUUUUCAAAUUCCCACUUUGCAGUAAGUGAGAUGUGUAUACCAUCUAUAUGUACAUUUGCACUUCAUUUACUCAGUUUUAUCUAAUAUGACACAUUCUCUCUC